ACGUCAGUGCGGCAGUGACAGCGGAAGAGUGCGAGCGGACCCGCCAGUGCUGUGGAUUUGACAAGUCCGGGCCCGUUCGCCGUUGCUGGUCGGGCCGCCGGGGGUCGAAGCAGAGCCCGGAGCCGCCGAACGAUAUGGGUAACGCGGAGAGCGGCUGCGGGGGCGCCAGCGGCGACGAGGAGGACAUGGAAGCCGAGAGUCCGGGCUUCGCGGCAGGCACUCCGGCCUCUGGCGCCACGGGCGGCGGUGGCGGCGGCGGCGGCGGCGGCGGGGCAGGAGGAGCGGCCGGCGGAGGAGGGUCCGCAGCGGCAGGAGGAGGAAGAGGCCCGAGCGGCUCCCCCUCCUCGGUGCCGGCCUGCGUGCUGCCCUCCCCCGGCGCCCUCCUGGAGCAAGUGAAGCUGCGGGAAGCGGCGGGCCGCAUGAGCGAUUCGUGGGUGGCCAUGUCCGAGUCGGUGCUGGCCCGCCAUGAGAGCGCUCUGGUGCGGUGGCUGGAGGAGCGGCUGAGCCGCGGCGAGGACUCGGUUACCGUGGAGCAGUUCUGCGAGAUGCUGGAGAGCAGAGACGCCCCGCGAUACGAGUGCGAGGAGGCCUUUGGCCAGUUUGAUGCAGAGGGCGAUGGCAUAGUGGAUGUGGAGAACAUGCUGAUGGCCCUGAAGAAUUGGAACGGCGCAAACCUACAGGGCGAGCUUAGUCACGUGAUCCGGCAACUCCAGGCCUGCUCCCUCACUCCAGGUUUUGUUGAUAUCUUCUCCAAGUCAAAAGACCGCCUAGGAGCGCAUGCAUCGAAAAUCCUCAAGUUCCUGCACCGAAACAGGAUCCCCAGCAGUGCCAUUCCCUUCCCAGUGCUGGAGGGCUACAACAGCAUCUGCACCAUGAGAUCCUCAGUGGUCCAGGAUUUCCUGGACUUUCUCCUGCAAAAAGAAAAGGAUUUAGACAUCCAGUACAGAGCAGAGCUCAGCCACGACCCCGACGUGGACAAGGUCAAAAUCAUCAACCAGUGUUACAGCUUCAUCGAAGCCUCCUCCAACGCAGCUGACGUUUUCAAGAUGACAAAUGGGGACACGGUAUCGUUCUGGCAGUCAGAUGGAAGUGCACGGUCUCACUGGAUAAGGCUGAAGAUGAAGCCCGACGUGGUGCUGAGGCGGCUGGCAAUCGCCGUGGCUUCCAAUGACCACAGUUACAUGCCGCAGCUGGUGUCUGUGGCUGUAGGCAAGAGCCGGCGCUCCCUGCAGGAAAUCCGUGAAAUCCGCAUCCCCAGCAACGUCACGGGUUACGUGGCGCUCCUGGACAACGCCAGCAUCAGCCACCCCUACGUUCAGAUCAACAUCAAGCGGUGCCUCAGCGACGGCUGCGACACGCGCAUCCAUGGCCUCAAGACCAUGGGUUACCAGGUCACCAAGAGCAAGGAGGUCACCGUGUCGGACGCCUCGGCCAUCUGGUACCUCUCGCUCCUCACCUCCCUGGUGACCGCUUCCAUGGAGACGAACCCCGUGCUGGCGCAGACGGUCCUUCGGAGCACCCAAAAAGCCUUGCAGCACAUGCCUCCUCUGUCCUUGACGCCGUCUUCCACCGAAUUCCCCAAGUUCUUCUCUCCUAACAUCUUGGAGGAGGUGGAUGGAUUCCUCCUCAGAAUAGCAGAUUGCUGCGUGACUCCCGAUGCAGAGUUGACCUUGCUGGCCUUCGCUCUGGCCAGAGGCAGCGUGGCCAAGGUCCUCAUGUCCCUGUGCGGAAUCUGCGAGCGGCUGGGCACGGAGUACAAGGCCUCAUCGCUCAUGUCGUCCAUGGCCGCCGUCAGGCUUAAACUCCUGUACAAGAACGGGAAAGCGCUCCAGCUGUGCGUUCAGGCGUGCGACGUGAAGGGCAAAGAGGACAAGUCUGGCCCGGAGAACAUGCUCUCAGAGUCUCCCAACGGAGAUGGGUUCCUCACCGAAAGUGGCAAGAGAAGAGCCAGUGUGAUUUUGUCUACCGAGGACCAGACCUCCUUCCAGGUCACUCAGAUGAAGGUUAAAGUGCGAAAAGGUGCCAUCGGCGCCAAAUGCGGCCUGGUGUUUGCCUACAACGAAGGGGAUGCGUUUGACGCAGACAAGCAUUUCAAAAGAUUCAAAAAGUACGAUUCUUGGAAUUUCAAGGACUACAAGGAAUUCGUGAAGGGCAAUUCGAAAGUUUUGGACCUCGGGGAAGACGAGCCGAUCGGCUGGUUCGAGCUGGAAGAUGACUGGAAUGACGUAGAGAUCAAUCUGCAGCAGUGUCGGGUCACCAAGUACGUCAUGGUGAAGUUCCUGUGCACGAGGCAAGACUCAGCAGAGCGGCUCGGUGUGCAGCAGCUGGCCUUCAGCGGCUACCUCUGUCCAGGGUCCGAGCAACUCGAGUCAGACCAGCUGGCCCUCGAUGGGGACAGUGUUGACAGCGGCAUCAUCACUGGCCUGGUGCUGAUGAGGAAGACUCUCUUCUUCAUCCAGCAGCUUACUAGAGACAUGGUUCUUCACGAUGCCGCACUUCUCCGACAGAAAUCUCUGCUGGACUUCAGUGGUCUGAAUCUGCAUCUGUUCUGGACCUUCUACAAUAAACUCAGAAUGAUUGAGGGAAAGGAAGUGGCGAGGACCCGGGUGCUGUUGCUGCAGCUGCUACAGAACUGCUUCCCUGUGCUGGCUGCUCCGGCGGAGUCCCGGCCAGUGGAGGGGGCAUCGAGCAGCGCUGACAGUGACCUGGAGCAGGCGGUGUGGGGGCUCUACAGCCAUUUAUGUGAUGUAGUGGACGGUCCCGAGGGGGACACCGCUGUAGACCGUGCGCUGAGGAACGAAGCCAUAAAAGCCAUUCUGAACGGUGCCGCUGUCUUCUUCCCCGACAAGCAGAGUAGAAGGGAUAGACUCUUCAAGAUGAUGAAAAACAUCUCUGCAGAGGAUCAGCCUGAAUCGGUCAAGCUCACCUUUGAGUCUCUGUGUAACUAUUUCAGUGACCAAGAUCCCAGUGGCCUUCUCCUCCUUCCACCCAAGGGGGCAUCUGCGGACUUCGACGUCGCUCCCGUCCUGAAUGUCAUGGACACGCUUCUCCUGGUGGCCAUCCGUGAAUGUGAGGUGAUGAUGGUGGACCCUGGCGGUGGACAGAGUCGAAGGGUGCUGCUGUCCCUCUUCUGGGCCUUGCAAGGCAGCCUGCUCUCCUGGUGCUACCUGCAGCUCAAAGGGGGAGCCACCACAACCUCAGACCAGGCCCGGGACAUCCUCCUGAAAUAUGUGGAUCGGUUUCUGUCCAGCACCCAGGGCGUCCUGGUGUCCCUCAUGGGGAAAUUCAGCAGAGCUGAGAUCAUGGAGAAGCUGAGCACCUCAAUCCUGGCCAUGGCUUCCAGGCAGCUGAACAUCUUCCUUCUGGAGCUGUGUUCCUUGGAUAUCCCACACUGCGUCUUAUUGAGAAGCUUCUCUUCUUUCAUCGAGCUUCUCAAAAGCUUGUUCAGCGACACAGAAGAUGUAUUUUCGAAGGUGGAUCUGGAGACCUGCCAGCAGCCGCAGCAGCCCGUCGUGCUGAGGACCUGGAACAUGGAGUCGCCUCACAAUUACGAGAACAGCCGGCACGAGACCACCAUCUUCGUGUGCCCCGGGGCCACGUCCUUCCAAGUGGAGUUUGACGAGAGAUGCGAAACAGAGAAGAGAUAUGACUACUUGGAGUUUACCGAUGCCAGAGGUGGAAAGGUUCGCUACGACAUGAAGGUUGGCACAGAGAAGUGGCCAAAGAAAGUGACUUUUAAAGCGGGGCCCCAGCUGCAGUUUCUGUUCCAUUCGGACAGCAGCAACAACGAGUGGGGCUAUAAGUUCACGGUGACAGCGUACGGCUUGCCUGACAUCACUGUGUCCUGGAUGUCCGAUCUGCAGCUCCUAGUGUCCAGGCUCACGGGUCGCCUGGCCUCUCGCAUCAUGGCUCUCAAGUCUCCCUAUGAAACGCGAGGUGUGAAGGACAUCCCUGCCGCGAAGAUGAAUCACAUCCUGGCUUCUCCGCUGUGGAAGCCGGUGUUCAGACAGGGCCUCCGUGCUCCGGACCACGCAUCCUCUGCUGCCGGUGGAGACCAGGCGGAGGUUUGUCCAAAAGAUGAUUUGGUCAGUUUCCUCUUGGACUUUGCCAAGUGGGAUCCAUCUCAAGAGCCUUCAGACAGCAGGACAGAGGUGAUGAAAGCGCUGAUGCUGGUUUGCAAGAAGCAGCCAACCAGGAGUGAGAUUCCUUGGGGUUCAAAGGUCGACCAAGCUGUCAAUGCCAUUUGGGCUACCAUGAUUUACCACACCCCGGCUCUACAUGAUACCCUGUGCACUUACGUGAACCAGGGGGGAAAGUCUGGUGUCACUGAAGAGUUUGUUCAAGUGUAUGCUCUUGCAGAGGGGAUACGAACAUGGAUGCUGGAGAUGAAACAGAGGUAUCUGGUGGGAGCGAUGAAUCCAUCGGAAGAGAAGGAGGAGGAAGAGGAAAGCGAGGUCAGCAUGGAGGCGCUAGCGGACAUCUGCAUUGCCAAGAGCCUCCUCCUGUUCAAAUUCGGCCCCUGCGGAGGCCAGAGGCAGAGCGGAGAAGCGGGCCACCCGCUCCUGAGGUCCGUCUCCAUAUCCGAGGGGGACUUUGAGGUUGGCGAGGCCGCAGGGGAAAGCAGCCAUCCUCCCCCUGUACAGAUGCAGAGCUCCACGGCCUCAGACCCGGGCUCCCCUGGGGGUCUUGCCCCGGGACCCCACAGGAGUUCCACCGAGAGCCUGCACUCUCAGACAGGCGAUGGCGUCUCGCCCACUGCCUUCCCCCGCAGGGCACCGUUCAGCAGGGGCCGUCUGCGAUUGCUGUCCUUCAGGUCUAUGGAGGAGCCCCGCAUGGCCCCCUCGGUCAAGGAUAGGUUCCCCAUCCUCAAGCACAUCAUGAGCUUCAUGAAGGACCAGGCCAUCACUGAAGCCAGCGUUCUGCAGGUGCUUGCCCUGAAGAAGGCCCAGGCCCUGAGCGUGUGCGAAGCGCUGAAAACGGUGCACCACUGCCUGCGCUCCCUCGGUCGGCCGCACCUCUUCCAGGCGCCCUGCGUGCUCUUCCUGCAGGAGCUGCUGGCCUGCCAGAAGGAUUUCACCAGUUACUUCGCCCAGCUGUCUGGCAGUGGAGAGGAACUGCAGGACAAGGUGCGCCGAUCCUACCACCAGCUGGUGCUCACUCUGGUGGACGGAGUGCAGAGCUUCAGCUCCCUCAAUGAGAAGUCUCUGCUUCCUGCCCUCUCCUGUGUGCAGACAUGUCUGCUCCACCUUCUGGACAUGACCUGGGAAGUGCAAGAUCUUUCCCUCUUCCUGGACAUCAAGCUUCCAGACCUCCUGCUCACUAUGUCACAGGAUAACAUCAGUGUUCAUGACAUUGCCAUCAGCCAGUGGAGCGAGGAAGACGAAAUCGCAGACUACGACAGGAACUGUGAGUGGAUGGAGGAGUGCCAGGACGGCAUGUUCGAGAAGUGGUACGACAAGAUAGUCCAAGGAUCCCUGGAGGACCGGCGCAAGAUGCACAUGUUCAUUGCGCGGUACUGCGACCUGCUCAACGUGGAGAUCUCCUGCGACGGCUGCGAGAGGAUCGCGCCCUGGCACCGGUACCGCUGCCUGCAGUGCACCGACAUGGACCUGUGCAAGACGUGCUUCCUCAGUGGCGCCAAACCUGAGGGUCACGAGGACGAUCACGAGAUGGUCAACAUGGAAUAUGCCUGCGACCACUGCCAGGGCCUCAUUGUGGGCCGCAGGAUAAACUGCAAUGUGUGCGAGGACUUCGACCUCUGCUUCGGCUGCUACAACGCGAAGAAAUACCCCGACAGCCAUCUGCCAACCCACCGCAUCACGGUGUACCCCAUGGUAACGAUCCGCAUCAGCGACCGCCACCGCCUCAUCCAGCCCUACAUCCACAACUACGCGUGGCUCCUGUUCGCCGCCCUGGCGCUCUACGCCUCUGACCUAACGAGCGAGCGGGAGCUGGAUGGCGAGACCCUGGAGCCGGGUGUGCUCAGCAUGGCGGCAGCCCUGCAGACCCGCUGCUCGGAACUCAUCGCCGACUGCCUACUGAAAGGUCAAAAGGGCAGAGGUCUGAAGGCCUCUGCUCUGCUGUCGCUGCUCUCACCCAGCGAGUCUGCCUCCGAAAGCCAGCCGCUCCACCGCAGCUUGGAGGGCGGCGCAUCCAGCCAGGAGCUGAGCGCUACAGAGACGUCCUCCCCACCGGCCAGCACGGCCGCCGUCUGCUCACCGCAACCCCCCAGAGACAAGACGGGUCUGCAGGGUGAGGGAGACGCCCCCUUGGCUCCCGCUCUCCCCCCAACUGCUGAAGGAGGAGAGGAGGAAAGGAAGAAGCGACUGGUGUUCCAGGACACGCUUGACUCCACAACACUCAGUCAGACCCCAUCUGUGUCCAGCGAGGACGCUCUUUCCCCUGUUAUUCACGGUUCUGAGGUGGGCACAGACACGGCGGUCACACCGGACUCGGACAGCCCGGAUUCUUCCAGAGACCAGGAGGAGAAGGCGACCAAGCAGCCUCUUCAGGAGCACGUGUUUGCGGAAUGCUCCCGGGAAAGGAUCCUGGGACUGCUGGCAGCCAUGUUACCUCCCGCCAAACAAGGCUGCACCAUGUCCUUGCAGAGCCUAAGCCCGAUUCUCCCGCUGCUGUUCCGCGUGGUCGUCUCCAACGCCGGCUGUCUGAACGAGACCUACCACCUGACUUUGGGCCUCCUGGGGCAGCUGCUGCUCCGCAUCUCCCCUGGAGACGCCGACGCGGCCGUCACCGAGGCCCUGGCUGACAGAUGUGCUCUGCUGGCCCCAGGGGAGGGCGCACCGGAGACGCAGGGCUGGAAAACCACUCAGCUCCUUUUUAGUCUAGGGGCUGUGUGUCUGGACAGCCGCAUUGGAUUAGACUGGGCGUGCUCCGUGGCUGAUAUCCUGCAGGACCUGAACUCCUCCACGCAGUGGUCUACCGUUAUUGCAACCUUUACCGACCACUGCAUUAAACAGCUGCCCCGUCAGCUCAAGCGCUCAAAUCUCUUCACCCUGCUGGUGCUUGUGGGAUUCCCAGAGGUACUGUGCAUGGGAUCUCACUCCAUCUUCAUUGACAACGCCAACGAGCAGCACCACGUCAUCUUGUUGAAGCACUUCACCGAGAAGAAUCGGGCUGCUGUGGUCGACGUCCGGACCCGCAAGAGGAGGACCGUGAAAGACUACCAGCUGGUCCAGCCUGACGGUCAAAAAGGGGCAUCGACGCAGGCCCACCUGUGCCGAUACCUAGACCACUUCACAGCCAUCUCGAGUCACCUCCUGCAGAACAGCAUGGAGACCAGUGCCCAGGAAGCAGUCGAAGCCACCUGGGUUCUGUCUCUGGCCCUCAAGGGCCUCUACAAUACCCUCAAGGUACACGGCGUGGAGAAAGCUCAAGCGGCCAUUCAGAAGUCAGGCCUCAUUCAGCUACUGGUGAAGAAGUGCAGCAAAGGAACAGGCUUCAGCAAGAUGUGGCUGCUGCGAGACCUGGAGAUCCUGUCCAUAAUGCUCUACUCCUCCAAGAAGGAGAUUCACUCCAUGGCCGAGGGGUCCGAGACUGAGCUCUACGAUCGCGAGCAGGAGAAGGAGCAAGACUCGGACCACUCUAGCUGCUGCGCCGAUGACCUGGACCCCAACAAGCCUGACCCACUGGAGGGCCUGGAUGAGGAGACUAGGAUCUGCUUCCAGAUUACCCAUGACGCACUCAAUGCUCCACUGCACAUCUUGCGGGCAAUGUAUGAGCUGCAGAUGAAGCGAACUGACUCUUUCUUUUUGGAGGUCCAGAAGAGGUUCGACGGUAACGUUAUAAAGACGGAUGAGACGAUCCGCACGCUGGCACAGAAGUGGCAGCCUUCUAAGCGUCCGCGCUCCGACGAGAGAAGUGCCAAGGCUGUGGACACGGACAUGAUUGUCAUCCCAUGUGUGUCAAAGCCAAGCCGCUGUGAGAAGGCCACGGAGGAGACCAACCUAGUCACUCAGAAACUGAUAACCAACACGGAGAGCGAACUGCAGAUGAGCUACGCCAAGCAGCGGCGCACCAAGAGCUCUGCUCUGCUCCACAAGGAGCUGGAUGCGCGCAGCAACAAGGCCGUGCGACAGUACCUGUUCAAGGUGAACGAGGCCAUCAGCGUGCUGUACGCCCGCCACGUUCUGGCCUCGCUGCUGGCCGACUGGCCCGGAGAUGUGCCCAUGAACGAGGACAUGCUGGAGCUUAGUGGCGCCUCGCACAUGGCCUAUAUCCUGGAUAUGCUUAUGCAGCUGGAGGAAAAGCAUAUGUGGGAGAAGAUCCUGCACAAUGUGCUGAAAGGCUGCAGUGAGAGCAUGUUGAGGAGCCUGUCCCUCACAGCGUGCCAGUUCAUGGAAGAGCCAGGAACGGCCGUGCAGGUCCGAGAGUCCGAGCACCCGUACGAGAACAACACCAACUUUGAGGACAAGGUCCACAUCCCUGGAGCAAUAUACCUGUCAGUCAAGUUUGACUCACGAUGCUACACGGAAGAGGGCUGUGAUGAGCUGCUCAUGGCCAGUAGUAGUGACUUCCAGCAGGACCUUCACAGCUUUAGUGGCUCCCCUCAGAAGUGGACCGACUUCGAAAUUCCCGGUGAUACGUUGUACUAUAGGUUCGUUUCUGAUAUGAGCAACACCGAGUGGGGGUACAAGUUUACUGUGACCGGGGGUCAUCGGGGCAGAUUCCAGACAGGUUUUGAGAUUCUGAAGCAGAUGUUAGCCGACGCGAGGGCUCUUAGCCAUCUGCCGUUGGCCGACAUCUGGGAGUGGCAGGUGGGCGUGGCCUGUCGGCAAACGGGAAACCAGCGGCUGAGGGCUAUCCACUUACUGCUGCGGAUAUUGCACUGUCCCUCUCAGCGGAGCUGCGACCUGACCUUGCUACGCCCGCUCUGGCGGCUCCUGAGCACCAUGGAAGACGGGCUGAGUCCCGACCCCAGCAGCGCGGCCGUGCUGCUGCCCCUGCAUCGCGCCCUCACCGAGCUGUUCUUCGUCGCCGAAGCCAAAGCCAUCGAGCAAGGUGUCCUGCAGGAGUACCUGCUGGCACUGACCACCAGCGAACAACUGCUGAACCACACAGCACAGGCCUUGAAGAAUAUCGCUGCCAUCAGUCUGGCCAUCAACUACCCGAACAGAUCAACCAAGCUGCUGAACGCAUCAUUAUGAGCUCAGGAGCGUUCCCGACGAAGGCUGCCGCUCAGUCGAGGAAGGGGUGGGGAGAUGAGUACAAAGUACUUGGCACUCAUGAAUGUCUUCCAGCAAUCUUGGCCUCAGGAGAAGGAGAAACUUUGCCCCUGGAGGCAGACUGAGGACACCAGCUGCAUCCUUCACAUGGGAAUUUAGGAGUUGCAAGGAAUAGGAGUGGGGCAGGUAGAGGGGUAAUGGACAGCUCACAGAACUGACCCUGAGCUUCAUAAUCUUCAACUUCUGCCUUGCAACAUAUCGCAGUGCGGUGACAUCAGCGCACGUUUCUCCGAGACGGGUGGCUCAAGCGAGCAAAGUUUGAGUAUCAACUUUGGGAAGACAUCACAGUUUUGCACCUAAGAGGGCGAGGUGCGCCAGAUCGCACGACGGUUUGAGAGCGUUUUUAUUUUUUGUAGAAAAGCUGCAAGGGGCAGGGUAAUCGAUCAUCGUGAAAGCAGGUCACCUUGU